GAUUGGGAGAGGCAGAGGACACAGCCCGUGCUGAUGAUGUGAUGACGAUGCUCACCCACAUUGCCACGGUGACGGGCAUGAAAGCUGCUGUCACCCAUUCUUGCCGGGGAGCAGCUGUGGCAAGUCCAUUCAUCAUUGUUUGCGGGAUGCUCUUUGGCCCUGUUGGAAUUUUUAUAGGAGGAGCACUGGGUGGAUUGAUUGCCUGGAUGACUUCUGAAGAUUUCAAGUCAGUCCCUCAGGUUUUAAUGGAAUUGUCUCCUGCUGAGCGGCAGAAACUCUGUGCUGAAGCCAUGGCUGUUGUCCAGAACUUUGACUGGAAGGAUGCUGCUGAGCUGAUUAAAUUUGUAAUGUCAAAUUCUUUUAUCAGAGACAAGGUAUUAGGAGUGCUGAAUACUUAUGUUACAAAUAAGCUAAAGGCUAAGCCAAAGUAUACAAAAUAAUUCUCUCCAGAGUAGGGUUUUUAUGCUGAAUUGCCUUCUCCUCCCAUGUUUGUGAAUCUUCAAUGCAACAAUUUCUUGUUAUCAGUACUUAUUACAAAUAUAUGCUGAUCGAAGUAAUUCUGGGGUUUUUGGUUUAUGUGUUUGGGGGUUUUUAAGUUUUUAUCAUUAUUGUUAAAAUAACAAUAAACUUAUAAAUUGAUUCAUGUGGAUUUGUAAUCAUGGUAUUAGAUUACUGCAUUAUCCUGACACUGACUUGCUAUGAAAUUUUGGAUUGCUCUGCACUAGGACCAGUUCAAAUCACUGAAGGGAAUCAUGCUGCCCUUAGGCUACUGUGUCACUUGUGAAAAUUUUCAGUCCUUAUUUUUAUUUCGGAGACUUGAUUCUGUUUGUUUAAGUGCUUUAAUUUUUUUCCCUGUGUAUGACAUGUAAGGUGCCAGAGCAGCUGGGGCACUUUGAAGAAUUUUACCUGUUGUUUGUUUCAGCCCUGCAAAGGAAAGUUUUAUGAGGAAGUACAUUACUGUGAACUCAAAGGACUCAAUCCGUACUUUGUUUCUCUCUUUUAUUGUAAUUCUUGAGUUAUCUUUUUAUGUAAGAAGGAAAGCAAAUACUUAAACAAGAUUUCAAGUAACA